CCAUGUGUUGUACGCUGAAAAUAUCAAACCACGUGAAAUAACAUUAGGCUAAUCGUAUCUAGUUUGUUUGGUAAGACAAGGAGCAUCCGGUCUGGUUUUCUAUUUUCAGUUAAUAAUUUUUUUUUUGAGAAGGAAUGAAAUUAAAAAAGGAAUCUGUAGAAAUAAAGGAUUGCAAAAUGAUUACGAAGUCAGAAUUGCAUCAUGAAGAUGAUUCACUAGACAAUGCUUCUGCAACAUCAACAAAUCAGUCAGUACGUGGCUGUCAAUUAAAUAACAUGUCUGCAGAACGAAUUACUUUGAUUAGCCAGGAAAAAGUAUCUGUCAAACAGGAAGCUAUUGAAGUGUUUUUAGAUGAUGAAUCUAUUCUACAAAAUAUAAAUUCAAAGUUUGGUGACUACACGGGAGCAUCAACCAGCAAAUUAAAUUCAUCAGAAAGUCAGGAGUUUAGAAUAUGUUCAGAAGGAAACCUUCCUUCCUACAAGGAGAAAGUAUCUGUCAAACAGGAGGCUAUUGAAGUGUUUUUAGAUGAUGAAUCUGUUCCACAAACUACAUAUUCAAAAUCUGAGGACUGCGUAAUAACAUCAAUAAGCAAGUCAGAUCCAUCAAAAAGUCAGGAUCUUAAAAUAUUUUCCGAAGAAAACUUUCCUUCCUACAAGGAGAAAGUGUCUCUCAAACAGGAGGCUAAUGAAGUGUUUUUUGUUGAUGAAUCUUUACCACAAAAUUAUUCAUUUUCAAAGUCUGAGGACUGCAUGAGAGCAUUAAAAAGUGAUUCAAACUCAUCAGAAAGUCAGGAAUGUAAAAUUUAUUCAGAAGAAAAGGCUGCUUCUUCGAAGGAGGAAGAAGUUACUAAACUAGAAGAGUCUGAUGAAUGUAUGGCUGAUGUAUCAAAUCCACCAGAUUCAUUUGAGGGGUUAUUAACCAGAAAAAUGAAUUCUAAUGAAAGUCACCAGCAUGAAAUGCCUUCAAAAGAAAAUAUUUCAGCCGAGAUACCCAGUGAAGCCCUCAUCAUUGAAGACAGUAAAAGCCACCGUGAAAAUGUUCAUUAUUCAUCGGAUUCAUCUGAUUAUGAAAGUGAUAGUUCUUCAAGUUGGGAUGAAUUUUAUGAUAAUUUACAUAAAAAUGUGGCGCCUUCUCAACUACCUGCUCUGAAGACUAAAGGAGAAUUAUUAAUAGAGGAUUUACCUCCUGUUGAGGAUUUAGAUAUUAAUGUAAAUGCUACUGAGUUACAGAAAAUAGGAAAAGUUUUGCAUAGUAUUAUAUCUAAAGAACGUAAUGAAUAUUUGGUGGUUGUGGCAUCUGAUGGAAAUUCAAAUCCUGUUGAUGUAGAUUCUGUUCUGUUUCUGUCUUCAGAUAAACCACUUGGAAAAAUACAUGAUGUCUUCGCAAGUGUUAGCAAGCCUAAUUAUACUGUUAGAUUCAACAAGGCUGAGGACAUAUAUGAUAAAGGUGUUACUGCAGGACAAGAUGUAUAUUAUUUACCAGAAAAUGAUGAACUUACCCAUUAUGUACUUGUGGAUGUAUUAAAGCAGCAGAAGGGUUCUGAUGCUUCAUGGAAGGAUAAUAAUGAACCUCCUGAUGAUCAAAUAGAUUAUUCAGAUGAUGAGCAAGAAAAACUUGCCAAGCAAAAACGAAGAGCAAAGAACAGACGAAAUGAUCGAAAUUGGAAUGACGAGGAAGGGGAGGAUGUGGCACCAAAUAAAAUGGAGAGGAGAAAUGUUACUUACAAUCAAAGAAGAACUUAUCGGAUAAGAAGAAAUCAGUGUCAGUCACCUGCAUCUAAUGUAUCAAGCUCAUCAUCAUCUCAUUCUUACUCUUCUUCUCAAACCUUUGGUUCUACACUACCGUCAUCUAAUAUUUUUAGUCAACAAAGAAAUGUUAUUUCACCUCAACCAUUUGGGCUUAUUUCAUCAAAUAAUAAUAGGCCAGCUUUUCCUUUAAGCUCUUCUCCGCAAAGUAGUAUGCCGACUCCUCAAACUUUUGGACCUUUUUCAUCUAGAAACAUACCAUCUUCACAACCUCUUGGACUUUUUCCACAUAAUAAUGGCCCAUCUGCUCAAACUUUUGGACCUUUACCGCAAAGUAGAAUGCCUCCACCUAUUGGAACUUUCCCACAAAGUAGUGUGCCAUCAUAUCAACCUUUUGCAUUUCUUCCAACUUCUAAUGUUUUAGCAUCACCAAACUUUGCUCCACCCCAUUCUACAGGUGUACAACAAAAUCCUUCAUCCCUUAUGGCUGCACCUCAAAAUAAUGUUCCAUUGCAACAACAGCUUCUGUUGCAGUCACAACAACCAAUUGCUUCUUUCUUGUCUCACCCUCCUCCUAAUUACAAUUCUAAUCAAAACACAAGGCCUUUUCUGCAUCAGGUUCAAUCUUUUGCACCUCCGAUGUUUGGUGCUCCUCCUGCAAUUAGACCUGCUAUGCAGAAUAUUGCAAAUCAAUCAUCAGCCAACCAGAUUCAUUUUCCACUUGGAUCAAAUUAUCCUCUUACCAGUUUAUCAGGAAGUUUAAAUAUUUCUCCACCUAGAAAUAUUACACCUGCAAACUCAAAUGGAUAUCAAGGUCAGUCUUCCGGUAUAAUGCAAUCUAUUUCAACCAAUCCUUUCUAUUCCUCACCUAUAAAUACACAGCAUAAUGUGUAUCCUCAAAUCACAUCGCCAGUAAUCGUUCCCAACCAGUCACCGUGUCCAACUCCACCAUUUGUACCUUGUCAAACUCCUCCACCUUCUAUAAUUAAUCAGCAGCAAGGCUUCCAUGUUUUAUCCAGUCCACAUCCACCAGUUUUGCCUAGUCAAACUCCACCUCCUACAAUUCCUCCAUUUGCAUUUACUUUACCUGCUGUAAGAAGUCCUAUGCCACCACAGAAUUUUCCAUAUAUUUAGAAAUAAAUGCAGUUUCUUUGUUAUUUUAAAACUGUUUUGCUGGCUUUGAAGUCAGCCUGUACAUAAUAAAUACUUUUAAUGUGAAUUAUAUAUAUAUAAUCCAGAUGUUCCUUCAAUAAAGAAUAUUUUAUUUAAUAAUUAAA